CAGUGUAUUUGAAUAUUAUGUGAGAAAGAUGUCCCAUCUUCCCCCAACCUACCACAUUAUAGCAAAUACUUGAUUAUUGCUGUCUGUUGCUACCAGGCAUAAUGUAUUUCUGACUGUUUAUGCCAGAACAUCACCCUCUUGGGAAAUUGUAUUUUAUGUGAUUUUAUUCUAUAUGGGUGAAGUCCUACAGAAAGGACCUGGAAUUAAGUUGAUAAAAAUGACCAGUGGCUCAAGCCUGCCUCAAGUGGUAGACAGCCACUUGCAUUUAUGGGAGCUUGAAAGGUUUAAAUACGAGUGGCCGAGACCGACGAAGGAAAACAUUAUUUAUCGUGAUUUUACCCCAAGCGACUAUCAAGAUGAAAUGGCGAAUACACCAAUAACUGGAGCUGUAUUCAUAGAAGUGAAUGAAACAUUAGAAGAACUUGAAUGGGUGUUAGGGUUAACACAAAACUACUCUUUUAUUAAAGGUGUGGUUGGAUACACUGACAUGACCUCACCCACGUUUGAGGAACAAAUUAUUCGUUUGAAAAAUAAUUCAAAGUUUGUCGGUUUGCGUAAAAUAUGGGGAGAUCCUGAUUGGAUACAACGUGAUGAUGUCAUAAUGGGAAUGGAAGUUCUAGAACGACAUAACUUGACCUUCGACUUAUUGAUAAAAACAAGAGAGCAAUACGAAGCAGCAAAACAAUUUCUAAAGCGAGUGCCGAAAAACUUGAAAGUAGUUUUGGAUCAUCUCGGCAAGCCUAACGCGGUGACUGGGGCAGAACAAUGGUGGUUUGAUGACAUCAUAAUCAUGGCCUCGUACCCAAAUGUACAUUGCAAAUUGUCAGGUAUGGUAACUGAAGGAAAUUUAACUAGUUGGAAACAAUCAGACUUCGCCCCCUAUGUUAAACAUGUGUUGGAUACAUUUGGAGUGGAUAGGGUUAUGUUUGGGUCAGAUUGGCCGGUGUGUAAGAUGGCACAUGCAGAUCUACCCACUGUUUAUCAAUUACUCAACAAUUUGCUAUCAGAGUUAUCGGAAAAUGAAAAGCGGAAAGUUUUUUACGAGAAUGCUGUUAAGUUUUAUAACCUAGACAUGGAUUAAGUAAGCGAUUAUUGUGGAUUUUGUGUCGCUUGACGUUUACCUUUUUCUUGCAAAAAUAUCGCAAUACCAGACAUAACAACAGUUAGUAAUAACAAUAUUACUUUUCAAAGCGCUCAAGAUAUUAUGUAUACAUUCACAUGGCAUUAUUUCCAGCCAACAA